AUGCUUGGACGUGCAGUGGACGACAUUUCCACGGGCUCAGAUUCUGAAUACUCCAAUUCGUGGAUCUCUUGGUUCCUUUCAUCCAAGGGCAACGAAUAUUUCUGCGAAGUCGAAGAGGACUAUAUCCUAGAUAGAUUCAAUCUCACCGGCCUCAACAACGAAGUUUCAAACUAUGCCCAAGCACUCGAUUUAAUCACGGAUAACCUUGACGAUGAUAUACAAGACGAGCUACGUGGUGCACUCGAUGUCCAGGCCCGUUUGUUGUAUGGUCUAAUCCAUGCUCGAUGGAUUGUUACCGCCCGGGGACUUGCUAAAAUGCUUGAGAAAUUCAAACGAGUAGAUUUUGGUCGAUGCCCGCGAGUACUCUGUCAAUCUCAGCCACUACUUCCUGUGGGCCUCAGCGAUACACCCUAUGAAAAAUCAGUGAAGUUGUACUGUGGUCGAUGCGAAGACGUCUACUCUCCCAAAUCGUCGCGCCAUGGCUCCAUUGAUGGCGCUUACUUUGGCACGUCCUUCCCUCACCUGUUGUUCCUCGUGUACCCAAGUCUUCUCCCGCCGAAAUCCGGCCCUGUUGAUCCUACUCCAACCUCCCGUAGUAUUGAAAACGAUUCCAGCAGAAAAAGUAGGAGAGUCAAGGAAGAACCUGAAAUUUCUGAGGGUGCUGGAGAGACAGGUAGCACUGCGAGUGUCGCAUUGAAAGCAGAAAGAUAUCGACCAAGAAUCUAUGGGUUUCAGCUGAAUGAGACUGCAAAGUUGCAGAGAUGGCAAGAGGCUGUUCGUGAUAGGCAAAUAGCACGUCUCGAAGCGCUCGAGGACCUCAGUUAAAUUAUUAGUUUUACUUUUUUGAAUCGCGAUCAUAUCUUAUCAGUACAUUGGGCUCACUAUGUCGGAAUUCACGUUCUAAGCAGCGUCAGCAAACCUUCAACGAAAGUUCUCGCAAAUCAAGAGAUGGAAAACCGAUCUGCACUGUCAUUCGUCUACUCCAAAAGAAGGCGAUGAUGACGACAAUGAUAACCACAAUAUGUCUUUGCUGGUAGGGAAAAAGUUGAAAAGAGGCGCCGACAAUACUGGAGAGGUGAAGAAAAAUGUGAGUUCCCAUAUCCAUAUGUAUGAAUAUUAUCAGUGACUGGUACUGAGAAAAUAAAGACUUCUGGCUAACUAGAGAGGCUUAGGCCAUCCAGCGUCUGAGAGAUGAGAAGA